CUGACUGUCUGACUGACUGACUAGCAGACUGACUGACUGACUAGCUGAGGGACUGUCUGACUGACUGACUAGUAGAUUGACUGACUGACUAGCUGACUGACUGACUAACUGACUGACUGACUGCUGACUGACUGACUAGCUGACUGACUGUCUGUCUGACUGACUGACUAGUAGACUGACUGACUGACUAGCUGACUGACUGACUGACUGACUGACUGACUGACUGCUGACUGACUGACUAGCUGACUGACUGACUAGCUGACUGACUGUCUGACUGACUGACUGACUAGCAGACUGAAUGCUGACUGACUGACUGACUAGUUGACUGACUGACUGUCUGACUGACUGCUGACUGACUAGCAGACUGACUGACUGACUGACUGACUGUGUCUGACUGUCUGACUGUUGACUGACUGCUGACUGAGAGACUAGCAGACUGACUGCUGACUGAUUGACUAGCUGACUGACUGACUGACUGACUAGCUGACUGACUGACUGUCUGACUGACUAACUGGUGUUAUUAUGUUGUGCUUCCAGGGAGGGACGAUUCUCAACACAGCUAUGAAACAGUCACACAAGUGGAGGGUGAGAAUAAACUUUCAAGUACUAUUCUUUCACACUAUACUUAUAUUUCUGCCCAUUUCAUGUCUUAUUUAUCCCCCUUACCGCUCUUCUCUCUCUCUACAUAGUCCAUUAUGCCAGGCCCAUCAUAAUAUUGGGUCCUAUAAAGGACAGGGUAAAUGAUGACCUGCUGUCUGAGUUCCCUGACAAGUUUGGAUCUUGUGUCCCUCGUAAGUAUUGACCCUUCACAGAGUAACCGUUUGCCUCCAGCGGUUUACAUUGAUCUAUUGACAGGGUGAUUGAUUGACAGCCUGAAUGACCGCUUGGCCCCUCCCACACAGACACCACGCGGCCCAAGCGUGAGUACGAGGUGGACGGGCGGGACUACCACUUUGUGUCGUCACGGGAACAAAUGGAGAAGGACAUCCAGAGCCACCGCUUCAUCGAGGCGGGCCAGUACAACAGCCAUCUGUACGGCACCAGCGUUCAGAGCGUCCGCGAGGUGGCAGAGCAGGUACAGACAGCACAGAUCAGAUACCCUGUGAAACAAGCUUUGGAGAUAUAUUAUCAUUGUGAUAUUUAUAUUAUUAUAUUAACAUGAGAGGGAUGACACAUUAGGCCACUCUACAUUAUUUAACAUGCUCACAACAACAGCUGUUGUUCUGUAUUGAUUGGCUUACGAAGUGUAAAAGGAUCUGGCUGAUUGAAUCCCCUCCUCUCUCUCCCUCCCUCCCUCUGUUCUCUCCCCCUCCUCUCUCUCCCUCCCUCUGUUCUCUCCCCCACCUCUCUCUCCCUCCCUCUGUUCUCUCCCCCCACCUCUCUCUCCCUCCCUCUGCUCUCUCCCCCUCCUCUCUCUCCCUCCCUCUGCUCUCUCCCCCACCACUCUCUCCCUCCUUCUGUUCUCUCCACCUCCCUCCUCUCCCUCACCUCGCCUGCUUCUCUCCCCCUCCUCUCUGCUCCCUCCCUCUGCUCUCUCCCCACCCUCUCUCCCUCCCUCCGUUCUGUUCUCUCCCCCUCCUCUCUCUCCCUCCUCUGUUCUCUCCACCCCUCUCUCUCCCUCCCUCCGUUUCUCUCCCCCCUCCUCCUCUCUCCCUCCCUCCGUUCGUCUCUCCCCCUCCCUCUCCUCCUCUCUCCCUCCGUUGUCUCCCCCCACCCUCUCUCCCUCCCUCCGUUCUCUUCCCCUCCUCUCUCUCCCUCCCGCCGUUCUCUCUCUCCCACCAUCUCUCCCAUCCUCCCUCCGUUUUCUCCCUUUCCGUUCUCUCCCUCAUUCCCUCUCUUCCUCCCAUCUCUCCCCCCCUCACCCCUCGCUUUCCCUCCUUUGCUGUGAUAGCAGGGAAACACUGUAUACUGGAUGUGUCAGCCAAUGCUGUCCGCAGACUACAGGCCGCUCAGCUCCACCCUAUCGCCAUCUUCGUCCGGC